GUAAUAUGGAUCUCUCGGCGAAUAUGAACGACUACGUAAUAGGUCCCAAGAUGGGCUUCGGAUCCUUUGGGGAAAUCUACAAGGCCCAGCACAAGAAAUCGGGCGCCCGCGUGGCCAUGAAAGUAGAGCGAAGUGAUAUCAUAACACCGCAGUUGCUUUUUGAGUACAAACUAUACAAUAACCUGCGCCAUGGACUGGGAAUCCCGCAGGUCUACGAGUUUCUCAAAGCGUCGCGGUACAAUGUGAUGGUAAUGGAACUACUCGGUCCAUCUUUGGGGGAUCUGUUCACCGUGUGCCAAAAUCGCCUUUCUGUAAAGACAGUGGUCAUGCUGGCGGAGCAGAUGGUCGAGCGCCUGGAGUACGUGCACUCACACAACAUCCUGCAUCGCGACAUCAAGCCGGAAAACUUUCUGAUGGGUCGCGGUGUUAACAAGGACCGGCUUUAUCUUAUCGACUUUGGAUUGGCCAAGAAAUACUGGGAUGAGGUAGAAAACAAGCAUGUGCAGCACAAGACCGGAGGCAGAAUGACCGGCACUGCCCGCUACGCGUCCAUUAAUGCCAUGCAAGGAGGCGUUCAGUCACGGCGUGAUGAUUUGGAGUCUUUAAGCUACGUUCUCAUGUACCUGCUUAGGGGCAGCCUGCCCUGGCAGGGCAUCUUUGCCAGUACCAAGCAGCAGAAGCACGAGAUAAUCGCCGAAAAGAAACUCUCAACGCCCCCGGAGAUCCUGUGCUGUGGGUAUCCCGAAGAGUUCUACCACUUUGUCAGCUACAGCCGGACCUUAAGCUUCGAGGAGGAGCCGUGCUAUAAGAAAAUUCAACGUGCCUUCAUAGCUUUGCUGUACCGCCUAAAUUACGACAACGACAGGAUCUACGACUGGGAUGUCCAAAAGGAGAAUAUCAUGAAACGGGCCAACAAAGAAGAUAGCGAAGUAGAUAUUGGCUAGAACUACAGGCCGCACACCAUGUUGUAUGUUGAAUAAAAACUCCUGGC